GGCUACCCCUUGGCGAGUCUCCGCUUCACCCUUGCCUUCGACCUGCUCCUGCGCUGCUUCGUCUACGCCGUGGACAACGGGCACCUUGACAUUACCCCUGCGUGCGCUGCUCAUGUUGGCUUCGCCCUGAACUCUCUCGAGGUGCUCCCUCCGACUGCUGCCAUCUUCAAGUUCGCUCGCAUGCUCGCUAGCCUCACCCUCAAGCUCCACAAGUGUCCUCUG